AUGCGGCGCGCCCCCGACUGGGUGCAGCGGCAGGCCGCCCCCGGCAGCAAGUGCCGGGUGCCAUGGCAACGGCAGGAAUUUCCCGGUCGGGGAGGCCGGAAGCAGCCCCAGCCGGGCUCGCGGCAGCGAAAGCAAAAUCCAUCUCUCCCAGGGGAGCAAAAUGGACGAAAGGCGACCCCCCAGGCAGGGGCGCUGGGUGCCUUGGGAAUCCGAGGAAUCCCUUCUCUUUGCCAGUCGGAGGGGACUAGAUGGAGCCGAAGGGGCCGGAGAUGGGCCGAGCGCUGCCCCCCCGGGGGUCCUCGGCGCCGGGCGCGGCUUACGAGCGCAGCGCAGCGCAGCAGGCUCCAUUCCCGGCCGCCGCCGCUCAGCCCAUUACGCAAACCUGGCGGGUCCAACCAACCCCGCUCUGCCGCCGCUGCUGGAACCCAGGAGGCGUGCUUGCAGGCUUCGGGCACUACGCGGGGCUGGAUACACGCACUGCCCCUUCGCCUAGACCCCCGCUCGGGCCACGCGGGUUCUGCCCUCAAAGCUGGUAGCUGCCCCAGACUUGGGGGUGGGGGGAGGGGAAGGGGCGAGGCUGGCGCCCCCUCCCGCUUUUGGCUCCCGCGUUCGUUGCAGCAGCUGUUGCCAAAUGAAUCCCGGAAUGCGGACGUGCAAACCCUCCACCCCACCCCCAGCCACACACGUCGCGGUCAGAGAACUGGGAAGGGGGCGCUGGGUCCGAGGUUCUGGAAAAGCAAGAACUCACCUGCAAACAGGCAGUCCUCAGCUCUGGACUUCUGGAUCACGACGUGGAUAUCCUUCUGAAUUCGGUCUUGCCUUGAACACAUCCCCAUUAAAUCCCUGGAAAAGA